AUGUCUCACGAGGCUCUUAACCCAAUUCACCCCUCAGUUCUUCCCCACUUAGACCCCGUCUUUGUGAAGCUCUACAACGAACACGUCGCCAACACCCCUUCAGGCCCAAUUGACCUCGCAUUAUUACGCACCAAAUACUCCGUCCUCUACUCCUACGGCACAGGCCCAGCACCAGAUUGCGCGCGGAUUUAUGACGCCCAAGUCGCAGGCCACAAUGGCGACUUAAUCCCAGUUCGGGUUUACGAGCCUGAUUCCCCAGGCCCUUGGCCAGUACACAUCGAUUUCCACGGCGGAGGCUGGGGCCUCGGUGACCUUGACACAGAAUCGCACAUCUGCAAACACAUCUGCGCCAAAGCAAACGUCUGCGUAAUCGACAUCGCAUACAGACUAGUCCCCGAACACGCAUUCCCAAUCGGAAUCCAAGACUCAUUCUCCGCCCUCCAACACAUCCAUUCCAAGGGGGCCGCAGAAUUCAAAAUCGACCCGACCCGUAUCUCCGUUGGCGGCGUCUCAGCCGGAGGCAACAUCGCCCUGAUCUGCGCCCAUCUAGCCCGGGACGCGAACAUUCCCCUUCGGCUAGUCGCAGUCGGCACACCAACCAUCGACGAUAUUUCCAAAUACAGUUCCGCGGCCGAAGCACCAUGGCCGUCUAUGCAGCAGAUGGAACAUGCGCCGACUUUGAACUGGGGACGACUGAAGUGGUUUGAUAUUUUGAAGUGGCAGAGCCUUGCGGCGGAGGGUUCGCCGGCGAGAGAGGCCCAGGUCGAGGCGCUGAAGUGGUAUGCUAAUGCUCUGAAUGCACCGGACUUUACGCGGUUGCCUAAGACGGUGAUUUAUACUGCUGGAUGUGACCCGCUGCGUGAUGAGGGCGAGGCAUAUGCGAAGAGAUUGGUUGAGGGGGGGAAUGAGGUUGUUCAGAAGAGAUUUGCGGGCGUGCCUCAUCCAUUUAUGCACAUGGAUGAAUAUUUGUGGCAGGCAAAGGAAUUCAUUGAUUUGACUGCUGAUCAUAUUCGAGAUACACUGCAUCGGUGA